AUCAAACGGAGAUAACGUCAAGACAGUAUAUUUAUAGUAUAAAAAUAUGCCUAAAGAAAAAAGCUAUAAUCCAGCACAAGAGUUUCAUAAAAAAAGAAAAAGAGAUCAUAUAAAAAAAGCAAAAGCAGAAAAACAAAAACUUCAAUAUGAGAAGCUUGCAAGAAGAGAUGUUAACAAGAUUGAAGCACAAAUUCAAGAGUUCAAGAGACUUGAGAUGAAAGGUCAAUUGAGUGCUCUAGAUCGAUCAAAUCUUGAAAUACUCGAGUCCGACCUUAAAAGAAUAAGAAAAGCUAGAAAAUAUGUAGGUCCUAUUAUAGAAAGUGAAAAAACAAAAGCAAGAGAAGCAAAAGAGGAAAAACAGCAACAAAAAAUACCAAAAAAUCCAGAAAAAAGUAUUUAUUAUGAUCCUAUUUAUAAUCCAUAUGGUGUUCCUCCACCAGGAAUGCCUUACAAAGAAUGGAGUGACAUAGAAGAUGAUGAAACAUCUUCUAAUGAACCAUCAACACCAGAAUCAAUUUCAACCAUUCCUAUGCCAGAAGGAUCGCCACCACCUUUUUCAUAUCUAGAUAAAAGAAAAAAAAGGCAUCAACUAGAACGUUUCAAACAUCCAAAAACUUUGGACCAAAAAACAAACACUUUGCAUUCUUCUUAUUCUGAAAAACAAUCUGAAAAUAAUAAAUCUAUCGAAGGACCAUCUCAACCUACUCCUACUCCUACACCUACUAUUGUCUACAGCGCAGAUUCUAUACUACGAGAUUUAAGAAAAGAAUCAACAACAUUUGUCCCUACUGCUGUUCGUCAAAGGAAAAUUCUACAACAUUCUUCAUUAAAGAAAAAUAUUACAUCUAAACCUGCUCUCAAACAAAAUCCUGUUUUCAAGCCAAAACCAAGUAUUCAUAUUAAUGCUGCACCUGAUAUUCUAGAUGAUACAUAAAAUAAAACCAUUACAAAAUACAUAGCAUAGAAUCUUUAUCUCAAUA